UCAGGAUUCAAUUACAUCUGAUUAUAAUAUAAAAAAAAUAUAUUUAUAUUCACCCCUGCCAGAGGCACAUAUCCAAUAAUGAUGAAUGGAUGACUACAUCGGCCUUCUGUCUUCCACGUUGGCCGAUGUGAAUUGGGCGAUUAUACCUAUGGGGCAUUCCACGUGAAGCGGGCACGCAAAAAAACUCGAUGUCUCAGAUAUUCGUAAUAUUUGAUUAUGUUAUACCUGUAUAUAAGAAUAAGAUAAUUUUUAUUUCGUGGACGUCUUAGGGAGGCUGAUCUUUAAGAAUUAUAGGUAUUAUGGUUAUAUCGAAAGUGAUUAGUUGUAAAUACUAACUAGCACUAUUGUUUGUUUUUUUUUUUGUUAAAAACAUUACCUUAUUGUAUACAUGCCACAUGUAUUAUAUACCCCAAAAAUAAUUGUGUAAAAGAAAAUUAUUAUAAAUACGAGUCUGCGUAUCCGAAAUCUGUAAUUCAUAGACAAAUUCCUCAUCAAUAAUAUGUAACAUUAAACAAUAAAUAAUAAAAAAUCAAUUAAUUUGAACAAAAAAUCUUACUCUAUUGCAGGAAAAUUAAGUUCAAUCAGUACGACUGUUUCUUGCGCUCCGCACUUAGAAAUUGGGAUAGUGAGAAAGGACGUGGGACAGCGACAAAAUGGCACUAGCUAUAACCGUCGCAUGUUCUAAAUAUGGCAAAAUUUCACUAUGUAUUACUAGCUCAUUGUUGGACAGGUGACCCUACACUUAUACUCCUUAUUGUUUAUCAUAAUAAUAUAACACAAAAGGGAUCUUGUGUCUAACUAAUGGAUCCAUUCAUUGACCCGUCAAUCAAACUUGGAUAUAUAAGGGUGAGAUUUUAUCCAGGAACACCAGUGUUCAUUGGAUAUUCAAGCUAACAGCAUUGCAAGGUAAGAAAUAAAUAAUUUUCGUAAUUAAAUCGUUUUAAAGCAUAUCUACUCCAUUAUAUGUUUUACUAAAUGAUUAAAUUUUAAAAAUUUUCUUCAGUACACGAAUGAAAUUUAUUUCAGAUCAUGAAACCUUUGAGAACAAUUAUAUUAUGUUCCUGUAUCUUCAUGGUAAUACAAUUCCUAGCACCUACGGCGAUGGCUAUUAAAAGAACUUCCAACAUUAAUGAAUACACUGUCGAAAAUGAAAGAACUCGCAAGAAACAGAAUUAUUUGCUGCACAGAAACAAGAACUCGUUCCGCGACAAAGACAAUUUCGGUUUGAUGUAUAAAACAGAGCCAUUUGAACCUGACGCCAAUCCUGAAGAAUUGUCAGCUUUUAUCGUUGAUUAUGCAAAUAUGAUCAGGAACGAUGUUAUCCUAUUAGAUAAUUCUGUCGAAACCCGAACACGGAAAAGAGGCAACAUUAAAGUGGAAGAAUAUAAUAAAGGUUUCAUAAACUUAGGAGAAAAUGUAUUUCCGAGUAAUAUAGAAACAAUAAAUUGUAGUACAAAUCAACAGCAAUCUUGUCCUCCUCCGUAUAUAUGCAAGGAGAGCAUAUACGAAAUAAAAAUAUUGAGAAAAAGAAAAUCCAUGGCAGAAAAGUCACUCGCUCGGCCUACUGACUUAGAAAUCGGGUGGGUCGCUGAAAGCCUACCUAUCAGCGUUGGAUGUAUAUGCACGAGGGAUUAUGUUAUCUAAGAUAAUAUUUCUAAUGCCAUGUAUUCAGAAGGAACAUUUGAGGCACCAUACCUAACACUCAACAUAUUUGGCAACAAAGCUCGUUAAUGUUUUUCAUGCAAAA